UUGCUAUUGUUUUCACGUUUCAAACAUCCAUUUAUGACAAUUGUAGUGUGUAUCAAGAUGCCCCCUCUACAUAUCAGCCGACUUCUCACUUUUACACCUUGAGCUUCAAUUGGCUUACAAUUGAUUUUCAAUUUUGAUUGAAUUUUCAACAAGAACGGUUUCCAUCUGAAGAAUAUAGUUCUCUGUAAUUCACAACGAAGUACAUUCAGUUACUUAUCCAAUUCCGAAUUGCUGAAAACGUUUUACAAAUUGCUACCGUGAGAUUUCUUGAUUUUUUUUCGACUCAAUAAUGAUAAUUCAAUUGUUGCAGCCGAUUCAACUUGAAGUGUAUGAACUAUAAAACCUGUGAUGUGUAUAUUUUGUAAUAGUUUUUGUCUAACAAUUUUUCGUUCUUACUGCAUUAAACUCGAAGUCGUGCAAUAACCGACACAUUGUUUGUAUAGUACGUUUAGCUAGGGAUGCAUUCGGUGCACGAGCUACGGUUAAUAAAUUUUUUUGCUAUCAAGUGUUCGUUCCUAUUCAGUCUCUAUACAACAAUGUUAAGGGAUUAUUGAAAUAGCUGCUCGUUUACAAUUUAAAAAAAGAAAGAAAAUCUGUUUAUCAUAACAGAAUGGUAAAAAUAAUAAUUCUUCUUUGGAUGACCUUAUGGACUGCUCAAAAUGUUGUUUCCGAUGAGAUUAUGUAUGCAGACAUUGCUGACAAACAAACAUCAGUCAACCAUUCAGACACAGAAACUAGUGCCAAUCACAUUCAUUUAAUUACUGCACUCCAUGAACGAUUUGCUAAAAAUCAAAAUCAAAGUCCAGAAUGUAUGGUCAACUCGUCUAUCGAUGAAUUUCCAGACGAUAUUUUCACUAAUGAACAACGACUCAAUGGUUUUAUUGUCCUACAUUUACUGGGGGCAAUGUACUUUUUCACACUGUUAGCAGUCGUAUGUAAUGACUACUUUUUGCCGUCUGUGGAAUGUAUUUGUAGUGAUCUUAAUAUAUCAAAGGAUGUUGCUGCCGCUACUUUCAUGGCUACAGCAACUACAACCCCUGAAUUUUUUACCAAUGUCAUCAGUACAUUCGUCAUGGAUUCUGACAUGGGAGUGGGUACAAUAAUUGGAUCUCUGAUGUUUAAUACGCUCGGCGUUGCAGCCGUUGCAGGGAUAGCUUCAGUUUCUGUAGUGAAAUUAGAGUGGUGGCCCAUUACAAGAGAUUCGGUAUUGUAUUCCGUUCAUCUGUUGGUUCUCAUUUUAUUUGCAUGGGAUUCCAAAAUAACUUUGUACGAAUCGAUCGUGCUGGUCAUCUUGUACUUCACGUAUUUUGUGAUUUUGUUUCAAAAUACUCGAAUUAGGAAUUUCGUUACUGGACUCUUUGCCGGAAGAAGCAGCUGUCGUAAAAGCUAUGACUUUCCGCUUCCAUCACCAAAUGAAAUCAAUGACACACCAUCCAGGUAUGACCAGAACAAUAAUACUUCAAAUCAGGAAAAACCGAUUUACUACAUCAACGGUGAAUCAAGCUGUCAAUCAGUCCAUGCAGUAGACGAUUCAACGGAUGUAGACAGUCUGUGGUCAUUCCCGAAUGGGAGAUGGCAGAAAAAGUUUUGGUGGACAUAUACGUGGCCAAUUAAAUUUAUUCUUACGAUUACGAUACCGAGUCCGAAAACAUACAAAAAGCUCUACCCACUGUCAUUUGUUCUAUGUAUCGUUUGGAUUGGGAUCAAUUCGUAUCUUAUAGUUUGGAUGAUGACCGUUGUUGGCUACACUUUUGCUAUACCCGAGAAUGUAAUGGGAUUAACAUUGUUGGCUGCUGGAGGUUGCAUGCCCGAAGCAAUUUCAAGUGUUUUGAUGAUUCGUAAAGGCGAAAGCGGAAUUGGCGUAUCAAACUCAUUGGGUGCAAAUUCACUCGCCAUAUUAAUGUCGCUAGGCGUUCCGUGGCUCAUACGAAACCUUAUUUAUCAGAGUACCACUGAUAAAUCGUUUAUUGUUUUAAAUUCCUAUGGCGUUGAAUAUACGAUUGCGUCGCUGUUAGUAGCAACGAUAUUGUUGUAUGUCGUAUUAGCAAUUGCAAAAUAUCGUCUCAAUAAAAAGGUUGGAUUCUCAUUGUUGACUAUUUACGCGAUAUUUUUGACGCUUGGUAUCCUGAUGGAGCUAGAUAUUUUGUUACCAUCCGGUAACUGUACAUAGGAAAUUUUUUAUUUAUUUAUUUUUAGUUAAAUUUUUGCUUACAAUAAAGAUUUAUGCCA